AUGAGGGACAGUACCAAUACAAGUCGGCGAUUCCUCCUCCUUUUCCAUAGAUCGACCAAUGGAAUACCAUACUCAGAAAAUGAGAAAUGGUUCUGGAGACGUGGGAUAUGGGCAUCUGCUUUUCUGUCUGUUCUCGGCACUAUCGCAGCUUUUAUUUGGCUUAUUUUACUCAUAACUCUUCCCCGCCAUCAUGCACCCGGUACACCACCCAGUGGGAUCAACUCUUUGAUCAAACAGUGGCGGAAACCCAGGGAUUCAGUCACCCUUCUUUCGCCGUGGAGUUCAGAUUUUACCAAAGAUAUCACACCGAUAUCAUGCCAUUCUCAUAAUGACUACCGGCAAUUAGUUCCUCUUUUCGAAGCUCUCGCAGCUGGGUGUACAGGAGUAGAAGCAGAUAUAUGGAUCCACGAUAAAGCUGGCAGCAAAAAUUUGUUGGUCGGACAUUCUUCACGAUCACACAACGAUGAUCGCACGCUCCAGAGUUUAUACAUCGAACCCCUGGUCACAAUCCUUGAGAAUCGGAACAAUAUUUCCGCUGCGUCAAGAGGAUCCAACAAUUCCAACGGCGUAUUCCAGUCGAGUUCUAACACGACCUUGACUUUGCUUCUUGACUUCAAGUCCGAUGGAGCUAAACUGUGGCCGUUGGCAAAUCAGGAACUCGAAGUUCUUCGUUCAAAGGGCUGGCUUACCAGCUGGAGUAACUCGACUGGCGAUAUCAAUUGGCGCCCAAUAAUUAUCGUCGCUACAGGAAAUGCUCCCUAUGACCUUUUGGUCUCAAAUACCACCUACCGCGAUGUCUUCUAUGACGCCCCGUUAGACGACAUCUCAAAUCCUAAAUAUGAUAGCUCAAAUUCGUAUUAUGCUAGCGUUUCCAUGGGCACUCUUGGCAAAAUAUGGUUCUGGAAGUUCAGUUCAGUACAACUGAACAAAAUCAAAACUCAGACUGCUUUGGCAAAUGAGAAAGGUCUCAAAUCAAGGUAUUGGAAUACUCCGGCUUGGCCAGUGAGUUUCAAAGAAUACAUCUCGGGGAUUCUGGUCGAAAAUGGAGUUGGGAUGCUGAAUGUAGAUGAGUUUUCAUCAACGCUAUUCUAUCUCUUAGUCACUAGAUUUGUCCCCGUAUUGUCUGAGGAAUCUCGCGGGUAUCUUGCUUGUCUUGAACAGUGUAAGCUCGACCGAAUGGAAAGAGGUUUCUUCAAUAAUGAUGGCGACCCUCAUUAUACCACGGAGGAUAUCUUUCACGAAAACAAAAACGGGACGCAUAAGCAGCCCAAGGAUGAAGACAUUUUGGAAAGUAAAAGAAAUAGUUCAUCUCUUAUUGUUGAUCUUGGAUAUAGUGUUUAUCAAGGGUACUAUAAUGCUACAUCAAGACUUAACAUAUUCAAAGGAAUUCGAUAUGCGGCACCUCCCUUGGGAGCACUUCGCUGGCAGAAGCCCCAAUCUCCAGCUGAAGCCAGGGCUUCAACGAUACAGGCAACGGCUUAUCCGCCUCAUUGCCCCCAGAGUAACGAUGCGCCCAUGCCCGCAAAUUACAACUUCACGAGAUCAGGUCUUGGAAAUGAAGACUGCUUGUUCUUAAGCGUAUGGGCCUCACCAAAUGCGACAAAUCUCCCAGUUAUGAUCUGGAUCCAUGGUGGAGGUUACGGCACUGGCUCUGGUAAUAACGAUUUCUCAGAAUUAGCCAUUACCAACUCCAAUGCAUUCAUCAUAGUAGCCAUUCAAUAUCGCCUUGGCGCUUUUGGUUUCCUCUCUUCAGCCGACCUCGUUACCUCCGGCGGUGUUCCCAAUGCCGGUCUCUACGACAUGAACUUUUCAUUCCAAUGGGUUCAAUCCCACAUUUCAAAAUUCGGGGGCGAUCCUUCUCGAGUUACUAUUGCAGGAGAAUCAGCGGGAGGUGGCGCUGUGAUGUUGCAAAUCAUGGCUUAUGGAGGGACGUUGGGAACGACUUUGUUUAGUAAUGGGAUUGUAGCAAGUCCGUACUUACCGAUGCAGUAUGAUUAUGAUGGCUUGAAACCAGAGGGGAGUUAUGGGGGAAUUACGGAGGCGGUGGGGUGUGGGAAGAGUAAUGGGAGUGCAUUUGAUUGUUUGGUAGCGACGGACACGCUUACAUUGCAGAAUGCUAGUGCGUAUAUUUCUGCAAAUGGUAACUAUGGCCAAUGGGCUUUCCUGCCCGUCACGGAUGGGGAAUUCUUGGUCAAAAGACCAUCAGAGCAGUUGUUAGCUGGUGAGGUUAAUGGAAACAACGCCAACGAAGCUCCAGGCUUUGUCCCACAACACAUAAACACAACCACUGCCUUUAACACCUUCACACAAUCCCUCUUCCCGCUGAUGUCCAAUUCUACUCUCAACCACCUCCACCAAGUCUACUCCAUCCCUCCCACAACCCCUGGCACCCUCUUCGCGACAGCCGGUAAUAGCGGUCCUACAGCCCUUGACCAAUCCGUCUUCGCCAUUGGCCAACAACAACGUGCCAAUAAUCUGUACGCCGAGACAACUUUCGUCUGUCCUUCUUACUGGAUAGCUUCUGCCUUUUCUCAAAGCUGGAAGUAUGAAUAUAGUGUCCCACCAGCACAGCAUGGAUGUGACUUAGAUGCCUACUAUGCUGUCAAUCGUACAUAUCUCGGUUACGGAACCCUAUCACCAGGAUUUCGCACCGCAGUUCAGAAAAUCUGGGGAAGAUUUAUCGUUUAUGAUGAUCCUACAUUACCUGCGGAUGUCAUCGUAUCAAUUACCAACCGCGGAAAUGGUACACACACGGGAGAUGAUAUAUCGGCAGCUGGAACGGGAAUAUGGCCGCAGUGGUCCACAGACAGAUACUCGCAUGAGAAGUAUAAGAUGUUGAAGCUAAAUAUGACGGGAGGAGAAGAAACCAAAGUUCUUUGGACGAGUGCGGAUGGAGGUGUUAGUUUUGAUGUAUCGGAAAAUACGGGAUUGAGAGUGAGGGCUGAUUUGGAAAUUGUGGAUGCUUGGGGUUGGGAGGGGGGAAGGGGUGCAAGAUGUGAGUUUUGGGUGGAGAUUGGAAGGGAGGUGCCGGAGUAG